CCUCUCGCCUUCUGUUCCUAGGCGACCCACAUCGGUCGUUCCGCGUUACGUCAUUUAGAAUCUACCAGUUUCCAAACUAAAAACGUUGGAACUGCAUCAACGUUCCAGUGUAACGGACGACCCGGGAAACUUAACCAAACACACCUAAACAGACGUCCCUCAAGGCUGAAGAUGAAGCUGGAUUUGUUUGUGCUGUGUCUGUCACUUUUAUCGUUUCAUACCCAUUUUUCACUGGCCAAGAGAUCAGGAGGAGGCAGCUUUGGGAAAAGCUUUGGCUCAAAGAAGACCUCCACAUCCAACAGAGGCAGCACUAACACAGGCAACAAAAAUAAUCAGGGCUCCAGCUCUCAGGGUGGAAACCCCAAACAGCCUGUAAAACCCAAUCAGGGAGGCUACCCUCCGCAAUCAGGCAGACCUGGGUAUCCGGGUAGUUACCCCCAGCAGCCGGGUGGAGGAGUUUACCAUAACCAGUAUCCAGCACGGGGCUCCCCAUACGGAGGAGGUUAUGGUGGUCAGGGCGGUUAUGGAGGUUAUGGUGGUCAGGGUGGUUAUGGAGGUUAUGGUGGUCAGGGCGGUUAUGGAGGAUAUGGUGGUGGAUACAUCAAUAAAAACCCAAAUAACAACAUCCUGAGCCCUCGCUAUGGCGGCAGCUUUGGAUACGGGGGUCAUGGUGUUGGGGGCGGCUCUCCCUUUUCCCGCUCGGUUCAGGCGAAUGGCAUGUAUCCGUCUGAUAAAUCCAGAGGGUUUGGGCGCAGUGCAGUAAUGGCAGCAGCUGGAGGAGCUAUGGCAGGAAUGGCCCUGGGCUACGGGUUAGGAAGGUUCCCGCGUCCUCACUUCAACUUCCACAGUCCUCAGGAGGAGUACUACUACAACAACUACAUGUACAGGAAAUAUGGCGUCAAGUCUACUGAUACCAAUGACUACAGCAGAGACUACACGUACAGCAAACCUCCGGAAACCUAUGAUAGGUACAUGGACUCUUGUAUGAAGAGAACAGACCUUCUGCCUGCAGAGAAUCGACAGCCAAACAACAAACCAGCUGCCACCAUCACAACUACUGCUGCAACCACCACACCUACUGCUGCCCUAGACACUGGCAAUGGCAGCAAUGCAACAGAGACCAACAGCACUGCAGUAGAUAACUCCUCGACCCCUGCAACUUCAACCCCCCGCCCUGUAAAUCAGCCUGAAGCCAAUCCUGUUACUCCAGCUUCAGAAGUUAUCAGAAAAACGGCUACUGAUGACGACGAUGAUACAGUCAGCAUUGUGGAGAUCGGCUACCCAGCACUGAUCAAUCAGCUGAAGGUCAGGAAAUGCUUAGAGCUGUACAUGGUCUACCAUGAAAAGUACUCGCGGCAACUGUCAGGAGGGGCACAGGGACUGGAGAUGAGCUCACAGGGGCUUUUAGCUGUGAUCACCAGUACUAUAGUGAUGCUACUGAAUAGCAACAUGCUAAUGCUGCUGCACUGAGGCCUUCAUUAGCAAUUUAAGUGAUGAAUAAUAUGUUAAACGAAUUAAAGGACCAGUGUGUAGGAUUUAAUGGCAUCUAGCGGUGUAGUUGUAGAUUACAACCCACUCGCCUCACCCUCCCAUUCCAAGAAACUAUGGUUGCUGCGAAACUUUCGUAAAACAUGAAAUUCCCUGUCCUUUCUGGGCUACUGUAGAAACAUGGCGGUUCAACAUGGCAGCUUCUGUGGAAGAGGACCCGCUCCCUCUGUAGAUAAAAAUAACUCAUUAAGUUAAUUCUAAGGUAACAAACACACAACGAUUCUUAUUUACAGGUGAUUAUACACUAAUGAAAACAUACCUAUGGAUGCUAUAUUCCAUUUCUGCCAAUAGAUCCUCCUAAAUGUUACACACUGGACCUUUAAGUACAGGGAUGUGAAAUGAUUAGGGAGAGAGGAACAUCUUACCCUUUAGGACUCUUCAUUAUGUGUGAAUUGUUAUGUUUUCUCCAUAUUUAGACAUUGUAUCCUCAUGCUUGACUGGCGCCACACAGCUGGCACACACACUGUAUUGCAUGUUUCAAUUAUGUAUUCAAGGAAAGGAAGGGCAAACGCAAGAUAUUAAAACUUCAAGAACCAUACUCAUCUGUUAGCCUUUGACUUAAAAUUACAAUCAAAUUUCCUAUUAACAUUCAUUUAUCCUGAGCUCAAUCAGUCAGAGAUGUUUGUUUUGUUAUUGUUUAAGAGGAUCACAGUCAUACAGAAAGGCGUUUGUGUGUGUCUAUAAGCUGUGGCAGAGGGAGACAGAGGAUCUCAGAGCCAGUACAAUAGGCGAUGACACACAGAACACCCAAAAGACGGCGCAUUUUUUCCUGAGUUUUCCUAAAACAGGAUGUUAUUCUACCCAGACCACAUCAGAGUGAGAGAAAGCAUGAAAUAGCCCAGUUCCUUACUUGACCCUUUUAUGAAGGAGUGCAAUCUGCCGGAUGUUGUUGAAAAGAACUUUAUCCAACCCGCCUGGCGCCUCUUCUGUCUGAGGACGUUGGAAAACAAAUACAUCCAUAAUUUCCCAACUUACUCAGCGAGCUACUUCAGCUGAGUUGUGGUCACACGAGUAACGUAUGAACUCUAGUAACGAGUAAUGAGUAACUGAUCUCUGGAUAAUGACUAAUUAACUUAUGUUGAAUAGUAAUGUGGGGAUAGUGAACGGCAGAUCUGCUUCUGAACUAGUGUGCGAUGCUGACAGCACCAACAGCUAAGUGGGGUAGUUAGUGAAGUGACUUUUGUCAGUCUUAAUACGGGGAGAGGUCAGACUAGAGAGCCAUGGUGUUGCAACAGAGUGCACUUACAUUUGUCUCUGGUGAAAGAGAGAGGGGCCAUUAACUGCACUCAACACUGCAACCUUGUUAUGGUUGGAAGGAUUCUGAUCCAUUAAAGUCCAUAUAGAAACAAUUUAGGAAGCUCUCUAGACAUAGAGGAAAGGAGUGGCACUCCCACUGACUCAUCAUCUCGCUGUGUUUGUGUUGUGUGUUUUAUUUAAGGAAAUUGACCACAGUCUUUUGUCUUUGUCAGGGUGAUGAGCUGUGUAAAUAAACUGCUUUAAUAAUAUACAUUACGUGUUUUAUGUGUGAUAUGAGUAUAUUAACUCCUGGGACGUUGACGUUGGGGGACUGAUUCAGUUCACAGAGUUGGAUAACAGUGAAUGGUGAUACAAAACGAUAAUCAAUUAAUACUGAACUUUAACUUGUCUAAUAUUCUAUUAGUCUACUGUUACAGAUAUCAGUGCUCCACACUGAAAGGUUUUACAUUGUGAGCAUGACUGAGUAUUGGAUCAUAGCUUAAAACAUAAAUGGACAUUUAUCAUAUGAGGUCCAUUUAAAUAAGACUGCUGGUAGUUAUUCUAUCUGGAUUAAACAGACUAAAAAUAACAGUUUCUGUUGUCACACUGGAAUUGAUGCAAAGCAAUGAGCGCUUUUUCUGACUGUUUAUGUAUGUUGUCCUAACAUUUUCCAUGUGCACUGCCAUUGCUUUGCACUGUGUGUUAUAUGUAUAUUUUCUUAUGUGUUUUUUAUAUUCUUGCCUCCUUUCUCCCUUCUAUCCAAUGUUUGUCCUUUCUUGCCCCUCUGUGGGGCAGCCUGUGACUGCAGAAGUGCUCUUAAAGUGUAAGACCACUGAUGUACUAAUUCUGAAUUUUAAUUCAAAAUCUACUGAAUGUUAUUUUCCAUUAUCGUCUCAGUUUAUGGUUGCUAAGCAUAUCAACGUGUGUACAGUACAUAAGAUUUGUAUAACCUUUUUUUUAAUCAUAGAAGCUGAAAAAAAAAAAGCAAUUUAAAGGUACUCUCUGGAGUUUUAAUUGCAAACUGUUACAAGAUUACUGGCCAGAACACACACAUUGAACACACCUCGUGACCCAGCUGUUGUGGAAACAUGUAAGAUAAGCUGUAUCUACCUACAAUAUAUCUAAAUAAGCUCUUAUGGCCUCCUCCAUGGUGUUAUAAAAUCAUCUUAUCUGAACAUCAUCGGCUUAAGUUUUGUCAAUCAAUGAUAAUCCUCACCAAUAACACCUUUUCCCUCUUGAUUUCUAUAUUUAGAGUGCAGCCAUGACAACCCUGUUUCCAGAAAUGAUCGUUGUACAUUUUCAGUGUCACUGAUUGGUUCAGUUUCAACACUUUUGCCCGUUAUGUUAAUUAAACAACAUUUCCUCAUUAUGUUAGAAAACACAAUCCGGUCUGUAUUACGUUAACUUCAAAGCAACGUAUUUGCUGUUGCAAAUAUAAGUGUAUGAAUAUAAUUUCUAUUAUAUUGUAACAAACUUGUUAUUGUUUGCCUGUAGAACAAUCUCUGUGAUCAAAACCCCCACAGUGUACCUUUAAUGUGUUGUUAUAUGUGGCCUACAUUACCUUGUGUCUGGCUCUGAAUGUAUUUGGAAAUGCACGUGUACCGUUUUUAAAGUCAUGAAUGCCUUUUACUGCGAGGGAUCACAUUUACUGUGCUGCUGGAGCUUCUACUGCAUAUCGAGGGUUGACUCACACUUUUUGCUUGUCCUGUCAAAUAAACAUAUUACAUUUA